AUGUCACCUCGGGAGCUUGCCGCACUGCUCUGCAAGGAAGGGAACCGCCAUCUCCGCCAGCAGGAGCUACCAACUGCCACUGCUUUCUACACAGCUGCCUUCAGCUGCAGUGCCCCCACAGCACUGCAGAACGUGAACUCCUUAGACAGAGGGCUCCGGGAGCAAGUGGUAGCCACCCUGCAGACGUGGUGCAAAGGCAAGAGUCAGAUUCCCAAGAUCCAGAGCAAGAACUUGGCUGUUGUCUCCCUCAGCGUGGGAAUAGCUGCCGUCUUUCUCUCCGCCCUAAGUCCCAGCAAUGUGGUAUCCUCAGUAUACAAACUGGAGACCCUGCUCAGGCGAGGAUGCAUGGAGGAGGUGGUGAGUAAAUGCAAUACCCUGCUCAAGGCUAACCCAGAGCAUUCAGUGGAACUUCUGCUGCUGAGGGCGUUGGCAUGGGUGCUGUCAGGGACACAAGUCAGGAGGGGAGUGGCGGACUAUAUCCAAGCCUUUCUAAUGCAUCGGGCUGAGGCGGUGGCCUAUGUGUGUAGUAGGCAAAGGGAACACCUGCCACAGGUCAUCCAGGCCUUCUCUAAUUAUCUGUCAACGUAUCAGAAAGAGAGCCCAGAUUGCAGUUCCUUGGACCAGUGGCUGGGCAACUGCUAUGACUUCCUCUCUGCGGUGGCGCCGGAUGAUAUCUGGGUUUGCAGGGUGCAGGCAGCUUACCUCUUUAAGAAAAGCAAAUUUGAGGAGUGUGCGGCAGUUUGUAGCAAGGCCCUCAAGGGCUUCUCAGCUGAUAAUAAUCUCAGAGAUGAGGAAGCUUUGGGUCUGCUCUUGGAACGGGCUGCUGCAUAUUUCUUCUUGGGUGGACGGAUGCAGGAAAUGAUACAGGACUUAACAGAAGCCUUUGCAGCAACCCCUGCCCAGGCAAUGAAACACUUCGAAGAGCUUUUCUCACCACAUGACACCGAGAGGAUAGAAGAACAGGCGAGGACUGUCCUGGAGGUGAAGUUUGCAGCAUACAGGGAGGCUGUGCGUACUCGGACUGAACUCAGAGGCGAUCAUGGUACCGAACUGCUCCCUUCUGUCAUCCAGACAGUCCAGUUCCUCCUUCAGAUCUCCCCAGGGUCCAAACGUGAGCUCAGUGUUCGGCUAGCAGACUGCCAUCUCCUGCACGGACACAUCAGAGCUGCCCUGGAUAUCUGUGACCACCUCUUGGCAGCAGAACAGAAAACUUACUAUAACACUCUCUUAGCGUUGCGAGGAUUCUGCUCCCUCCACGCUCAUGACCAUCAGCAAGCCCUGCAGGACUUUCAAAAGGUCAUUGAGCAUGAUUCCCCGCAUCCUAACAGCUGUAUUAAAGCCUUAUGUGGGCGUGGACUUAUCCGGAUUUCUGGUGGCAGCCAUUACUUGACAGCCCUGGAUUAUAUCACAGCUUGCCAGUUAAAGCUGGAAGAAACCAUCUUCACAAUCAAGUCCUACGUGCCAUGGAACCAAAGAGGACUGCUGCUAAAGGUUCUCCAAGAAGAAGGACAGAAGAUGCUCCAGAAGAAGAGAGAUGCUCCUGGGGUUUACCAGCUGGCUUCUCUCUUGGUGGAGCUGGACACCUCUGAUGAAGCAUCACAGAUCCUUUGUGCUGAUGCCCUGUACCAGAUGGGCUGUGUAGAAGAAGCUCACAAGCUCCUCUUGCUAGCACUCUCCAGAAAUCCACAAAGGUCUCCCAUCCUGGCUAGACUUGCACUGCUGCAGUUGAAGAAAGGUUUCAUAUAUGACGGCAACCAGAAAGAGAGCCCAGAUUGCAGUUCCUUGGACCAGUGGCUGGGCAACUGCUAUGACUUCCUCUCUGCGGUGGCGCCGGAUGAUAUCUGGGUUUGCAGGGUGCAGGCAGCUUACCUCUUUAAGAAAAGCAAAUUUGAGGAGUGUGCGGCAGUUUGUAGCAAGGCCCUCAAGGGCUUCUCAGCUGAUAAUAAUCUCAGAGAUGAGGAAGCUUUGGGUCUGCUCUUGGAACGGGCUGCUGCAUAUUUCUUCUUGGGUGGACGGAUGCAGGAAAUGAUACAGGACUUAACAGAAGCCUUUGCAGCAACCCCUGCCCAGGCAAUGAAACACUUCGAAGAGCUUUUCUCACCACAUGACACCGAGAGGAUAGAAGAACAGGCGAGGACUGUCCUGGAGGUGAAGUUUGCAGCAUACAGGGAGGCUGUGCGUACUCGGACUGAACUCAGAGGCGAUCAUGGUACCGAACUGCUCCCUUCUGUCAUCCAGACAGUCCAGUUCCUCCUUCAGAUCUCCCCAGGGUCCAAACGUGAGCUCAGUGUUCGGCUAGCAGACUGCCAUCUCCUGCACGGACACAUCAGAGCUGCCCUGGAUAUCUGUGACCACCUCUUGGCAGCAGAACAGAAAACUUACUAUAACACUCUCUUAGCGUUGCGAGGAUUCUGCUCCCUCCACGCUCAUGACCAUCAGCAAGCCCUGCAGGACUUUCAAAAGGUCAUUGAGCAUGAUUCCCCGCAUCCUAACAGCUGUAUUAAAGCCUUAUGUGGGCGUGGACUUAUCCGGAUUUCUGGUGGCAGCCAUUACUUGACAGCCCUGGAUUAUAUCACAGCUUGCCAGUUAAAGCUGGAAGAAACCAUCUUCACAAUCAAGUCCUACGUGCCAUGGAACCAAAGAGGACUGCUGCUAAAGGUUCUCCAAGAAGAAGGACAGAAGAUGCUCCAGAAGAAGAGGUACCCAGGAGGCAGUUUAGCUUGUGGGCAGAAAAAAAACAGGGCUGUGCAGAUCGAAGAUGCUCCUGGGGUUUACCAGCUGGCUUCUCUCUUGGUGGAGCUGGACACCUCUGAUGAAGCAUCACAGAUCCUUUGUGCUGAUGCCCUGUACCAGAUGGGCUGUGUAGAAGAAGCUCACAAGCUCCUCUUGCUAGCACUCUCCAGAAAUCCACAAAGGUCUCCCAUCCUGGCUAGACUUGCACUGCUGCAGUUGAAGAAAGGUUUCAUAUAUGACGGCAACCAGCUGCUAAAGAAAGUGAUCAGAAUUGGAGAUACCUCCUGCCUCCUGCCAAUCAUGGACAUUUUCAAAGAUGAAGACCGGAGGUUGAUGCAAACUCACUGCCAUUUCAGAGCACUGACCAUCUUGAAGAGCAAACAGGAGGACGCUGACAUCAAAGAGGCCAUUGCCUACCUUUCCUUUGCCAUCAUUGCCUCAGGUGGUUAUGCUGAAGACUGCCUUCUCAUCAGGGCUCAAUGUUAUGGGCGCCUUGGUCAGAAGAAAACUGCUAUUUUUGAUUUUAAUGCCAUCCUAAAGGAGGACCCUAGGAACGUGCAAGCUCUGAGUGGAAGAGGAUUCAUUUACCUUGCUCUGAAGCAGCAGAAGGAGGCAGUGCAAGAUUUGAUCUCGGCACUGAAGGUGGAGGCAGGAGCAGUGAUCCCAGCAAUCCUGUCUUUAAAGCCUGAAGCCCAAGGGUUGCUCACUCAGUGGCUUCUUCAGCAUGGCAGGACUGCGUUAACUGAGCUUGUUGCCACUAAAGACCUCUCGAAAAAAGAAACCCUCAGGGAUCUUCUCAUGAUUGCACAAGCACUAAUUAAAGUUUGCAAGGAUUCACCAUAUCACAUCUUCUACAUAGAUGUUUUGAUUGCAGAUGGUAAGUACGAAGAGGCCCUUGAGCACCUUCAGGAGGCAUUUGGCCACUCUCUUGCUGAUGACUUUGCUAGUGCAAGACUGGCUGUGCUGCAGCUGAGGAAGAGGAACGUGCCAGCAGCAGCUCACUCAUUCAGCAUCCUAGCUAAGAGAGAUGAAAGCGAGCUGGGGUUUCUCCUGAACUUUGUAGACGCUAAGCAACAGCAGCAUCUCGCUCAGGCAGCAGCCCAAGAAGGAAAUGUGCUGAUUAAAGAACACCACUACGAGAAGGCUCUCGGUUAUUAUACCCUGGCUGUCUUGACAAGCAGAGAUAAUCCAAGGUAUCUCCGACAGAGAGCUGCUUGCCUUAUGCACCUGAAAAAAUAUGACAAAGCUUUAAAAGAUAUAGAGAAAGUGAUCCAGAAGCAUGGGCGUAACAGCCUUAAAACCCGCAUUGAGGACCACUGCUCAAAAGGACACCUGCUGUUGUCAAUGGCUGAGGAAGAAACAGCAGUUAAGCAAUAUAUUGAGGCACUGCAGUUAGAUGAAUCUAUGGCAUUGUGCAGCAUCAUGAAUGGCCCUGGCAGUGAAAUUUUAACCAAAACAUUUCAUAAGGUCGCACAAUAUCAUUUUGAAAUGCAGCGUUAUGAAGAAGCCUGGAAAAUCACGGACUAUGGUCUUAAAAUUGAUAAAAAUACUGAACUUAAAAAGCUAAAAACAAGACUUAAGCGAGAAGCAUCAAGCUGUAGCAUACAUUAA